AUGGCGGACACCCCCGCUUCGAUGGCCCGCGUGGAGAAGCUGGUCAUCGAGAAUUUCAAGUCGUAUGCUGGAAGACACGAAAUAGGUCCCUUCGACAAGUUCACCUGCAUUAUCGGCCCGAACGGCUCUGGCAAGUCCAACGUUAUGGAUGCCAUCAGCUUUUGCCUUGGCAUCAAGACCAAGCAUCUGAGAGGUGAGAGACUGAAGGACCUCGUCUACCGUCGUGAGGAGGAGACGGUGGACCAGAACACUCGGUCAGCCGAGGUGGUUAUGGCCUUUCGCUCCGCCAAGGGGAUUAUGAUGUACUUUGGCCGCUUUGUCACCAGCAGAGGCGAGGGCAUCUACCGCUAUGGUGGCGAUCAGGCGCCCAUGACCCCCGUGAGCUACGAGGAAUACUCCAGAAAGCUGGCCGGGGAGAACAUCUUCGUGCGAGCCAGAAGUUUCCUGGUCUUCCAGGGCGAUGUGAUGCAGAUGGCGAGGCGGCAGGGUACCGAGCUUACAGCUACGCUGGAGGCCCUGAGCGGCUCUGAGCUUUUGAAAGACAAGUACAUCAAGCUGUCCAAGGAGUUGGAGCUCGCGCAAGAGAAGGCCAGGCUCCACUUCCAACACCGCCGCGAAGCGGAGAACACCCUGGCACUCCUCGCCUCUCAGCGUGCAGAGGUGAAACGCUACCAAGAUUUGAAAGCGCAGCGUGACGCUUUGAUCGUGGAAGCUGCCCUCUUCCGUCUCUACGCCGCAGAUCGUGAGGCAGCGCAGAAUAUCGAGGUAUCCUCUGGGCUCCGCACCGAGGUCGCCGAGGCGGAAGCAGAGCUCCGGAAACGGAGAAAGGCGAUCGAGGAAGCCGAUGCUCAGCGUCAGAAGUUUGACGAGGAGUUUCGUGAGGCCCAAAACGAGCACUUCGCGCUGAAAACAGCCAUGGAGCAGCAGAAGCCAGAAAUCGCGAGCUGCCGAAAGCAGGCUCUGACAGAGCGCCUGGCCAACCGCUCGCGCGCAUGGAGCGCUGCAGCAGAGGAGGCCGCAGACGAGCCGGCCCCAAAGUUCAGGAUUGAGCUGCAGCGGCCGUGCAAAUGCCUUCAGUUCGCAGUGAAGUGGGAUCCCGACAUGAGAAAUAUGAUUAACUGUCUCAAAGAGGAGGGUGAGGAAGCCCUCACUCCAUUCUUCGAAAGUGAGGUCUUCAUCUGGAAGCUGCGGAAGUACGUUCGCAACAUGGUCUCAAGUGCUGACCGUUUGAACCUCAAGAGGGAUGUGAUCCAGCGCCGGCAACAGCGAGAGCUCAACGAAAGAACUGCCCAGAAGACGGCUGAGCAGGAGAUGCAAGACCGACAAGCUCUGUUGGAGCUCUUCGGGCAAGUUGAUCAACCAGUGGCUGCUGCCCAGGCACCAGUGGUACAAGAGCAGGCGCCUUUGGUGGCACCUUCGGAGAAGCCAGCAGCCUCUAUUGGGGUGCCAGUUGUGGAAGAAGCGGAAGACGCACCGGAUCCAUUCCUUGAGAUGCUCGCUAAGACUUCACAAAAGAAGCCAACAGACUCCAAGAUGUCACCAGAAGAUGCUGCGGCCCUGGCUUCCAUGAUGGCAGAGGGGCCUAAAAGCAGCUUGACAGAAGCAGGAGAAGCGCCGAAGGCCUUCGGGCAGGUGCUCACAGAAACUUCGCAGGAAAAGCCAGUCGAAGCUCCAAUGUCGAUGGCAUCGAUGAUGGCAGAGAAUCCUCCAAGCAGCAGAAAUGAAGCACCUCAAGAUGAGCAAUCUGCGGCUGGAGAGUCGGCGGAUGCCUUUAUGACAAUGCUGAUGGAGACCUCCCGGAAGAAGCUAACGGACACACAGAUGACGCCAGAGGAUGCUGCAGCAAUGGCGGCCAUGAUGGCAGCAGAGCAGCCCUUGAAAGCAGAGGCACCGGAUGUCCACAGAACCCUCAGUGAGAUCUCGGAGAAGAAGCCGAUUGAUGCCCAGUUGUCGCAGGAGGAUGCUGCCGCCCUGGCAUGUCUGAUGGCAGAGGAGCCUGCCAGCAACUCUACCGAAACACCACAGGAAGAAGAGCCUUCGGCAGAAGAGUCCGCAUGCAACACAGAUGGUUGGGAAGGUGAGGACUUCUUUGCACACAUCGACUCCAGCCUGCCACCAGAGGAAGCAGCAGUCAAACUCUUUGCAGCAAUGGGAAUCUCGGCAGACCUUGCAUUCGUCACGAGUGCUCCUGUCGUGCCGACCAACACCAUGGAAAGCCAGGAUCCCUUCAAGAACUUUUGGGACAGUUUGGAUGACAACAUGUCGCCAGAACUGGUGGCAGCUAAGCUCGUGCACACGGCCCAGUUCGUAAAUGCCUACUGA